AUGGAGGGGUCCACGACCGACGAGGCUCAAAACCGCCGCCCAGGCACUCAUGGCUUGGAUGCCAUUCAUGAUGCUUCACUCGACGGUUUGAACCCUGAACAAGCCAACAAGCCGCUGAAAUCGGCGCACGCUUGUUUCCAUGCGAACCCCACCAUCAUUGAAUGGCGCACUCUCGUUACCCCCUAUGUGUAUGUCCCUCCUUGGCACUUGUCAACACGGAUAUACGGGGCGGAUUCUGAGAUCAAUGGAAUGGCGACCCCAACAUGGCUAGUAUUGAAUUCCGAUCCUGAGAGAACCGAAGAAUCGGGGCUUCAUAUUUGUACCCUCGGGUGCAGCAAAUGCAGCACAAACAAGGUUAUGCUCCCUAUCGACCGUCCUCGCUACGCUAUAGCUAGAGGAUUGAUACCCAGUGGCAACUCUAUCUCCCUCAGCCUCAAUGUUCGGGGCACGGCCGCGUUCCAUGUAUCCGUCCAACGCUGCUUCACCCAAAGCCAUUGUCUCGACCGAGAGAAUGGGCGACCUUUCUAUCCGGACAUGAUGAGCCACGAUGCCCGAGACAGCCAUCUACCUCUCUUCGAUAUUGAUAAUGUGACUCUAACCGAUACAAUUCUGGUUCGAUGCUCUGGCAUCUGCAACCGAGCGUGCCCUCAGGAUUGCGAGCGGUCUAUCCUCGACAAUUUGAUGACCAGCUCCCUGUUUCUAGUGAUCCUACUGGCAACAUACUUUGCCAUAUCUCUGGCGCAGAACUCCCCGACACCGAUCGAUGGUUUCACUAUCUAUGGACCGAUCGUGCUGUCGGUCACCACAUUUCUCGUUGCACUCCUCUUUGAUGCCAUCGCCGCUUGGGAAGCGCGACGUGGAGGUGCUGCUGCUGAGGCACAGCACCCCGCUGGCAUCGCCAUGGCGGCUCUAGGCGUGGUUCCAUGA